AAUGAGACACACCUAAAAAGUAUUACCUUAGUUGUUCUGCAGUUCACAAGCCAAGGUAAAACUCAGUGAACACGAUCCAGAAAAGAACAAACAUUAUUUUUCAGCGCAAUUUACUGACAGAAUGGAUGACCUACGGUUCCCUGUGGUUAACAAUGAUGUUGAAAUUGGAUUCAAUUUCCUGCCACCCCUUGAUGAAGGGGGAACAAAGGAUUACUCAGACGAAUCAUGGUUCGUGCGGAUCCUACGAGUUAAGAUUUAUAUAGCAGUGGCUGCUACGAUCCUGCUCUCUUCUUAUGCUUUGUAUGUUCGUUACGCCAAUAGAUCUUCUGUUGUUUACAGCACUUCGGAAGAGGAAAUGAGAGGGAAAACUAUCCUAGUCACUGCAAAUCCUACAGGAAUUGGUCUGGAAGCUGCUCUUGAUUUGGCCCGACGUGGCGGGAGGGUCAUUUUGGCAUGUAGUGAAAUAAAGGAGGCGCAGGUGAUGGCCGCAUCUUCAGACACUUUCCAGAAAGGUGGCGUAAUUUUAGCGAGAAAACUGAACAUAUCUUCCCUGAGAGAGGUUAGGAAAUUCGCAGCUGAUUUUCUGAAAACGGAGAAAAGGCUAGACGCUUUACUGCUGGCAGCUAAUCUCGGAGGAUCUGACACGAAACACGUAACGGAUGAAGGACUGGAGCUAACUAUGGCUGCUAAUCAUUAUGGACAUUUUCUACUGGCGAACCUCUUGCUCGAUAUACUGAAGACAAGUUCACCUAGUCGUGUUGUAAUCAUGGCGUCAUCUGCUCACUCUCUUCUAACAUCGGUCAACCCAAAGGAUCUGAACUUUGAAACAAUAGUUUAUGGCGCCUUGAGGGCUUACGCACAAUCCAUGGCUUGUAAUUUGCUCAUGGCCAAUAACCUGGCACAUAUGAUGCUAGAAUUAGGUGUUACGGUGAACAGCAUGUGUCCAGGGAUGAUACAAAGCCAGCCGUAUAUUAGAGGAAAUGGCCUCAUAACAAAGAUCUACUUGAUUUUGCUAAAUGUAGCAACACGGACUGCUGAGGAGGGAGCACAGACGCUUAUACAUCUAGCUGUUUCAGAAGAUGGGGCCAAACAUACAGGAGCUUUCUUCGUCGACUGCAAGGAGCGAAAUAUGACCCCUCUGGGUAAAAAUCACGGGCUUGCUAAGAAGAUCUGGGAACGCUGUGAGGAGAUAGUUGGUCUUAAUCAGAGGAAAGACAAGUAAUUUUUCCUUUUUGUUAGAGUCUUUGGUAUGAGGAAGAAGAAGAGGAUGGAGCAGAAUAAGGAGCUGUGCCAUUUAUAAGAAAGUGACGUGAAUGUGAUGAAUAAAAGAUCAUGGCAA